AUGCUUCUUCUCAAGUCUGUGGUUUUUGCUUGCACUGCCACCGUAGUAUUGGCCUUCGGAACCAAUGCUAUCAUUAGCAUCGGUAAUUUCGUCGGCGAGGACACCACCGACCCAAGUGCCAAGGGGGAAGAGAUCUUCAGUAGCCCUCAAAACCAUGCAGCAGCAGUUGCGAGCAUUCUUAGCUACAUCAGCGCUUUCCCUGGUUUCCGUUCCGAUCGUCUAUAUCAUCUUCCCAUCAACCUGAGCGGUGAUCGUGAUCAAUUCCAUGAAAGGAUUGUAAACUUGUACGGUCUCAAUGGAGCUCAGGAGGUGGCGGAUGCGUUUUUGAAGCUGCUACCCAAGAAAAUCGAUGAUAAAGAGGCCCAGUCCGCUGAAAUGUGGACUUUGAGUCAGACCCUAAUUCAAAAGGACGUAGGCAGCGACCAAGUCUUAGCUGGCCUUCUUGAAGUUACUAUGACAGCCAGAGUUGACGACUCUGGCAACUUCCACUUCGAUGAGCAAGAAGCUGAUUUCCAAAUGGAGAUUUACAGGGUCGAUUCUUCCUUUCUUCAAACACAAGCCCCUACGCUAGCUAGAAAUAUGCAUACUUUGAGUGUGAAGGAUGUGACCAUGAAGCUUUCGACCAGUGGGUUGAUUUCUUUGAACUGUGAGCCGGCUGAGUUGUUGGCUGCUUGGCUCAGUGCUGGUGAUGCCUCUCGCUCCUCUUCCCACACUCACUUCCGUCAGCAACAUGCUUUGUAA